UCGCAAAAGUACUUCAACCACGUGAGGAUUUUAGCCACUUUUGAAAGCGACAGGAUUCGAGGUAGAAGAGGAAGCGCAUCGAGGAAAAUCAUAACCAGAUUGGUAUCAGCUCCCAAGUGGAAGGUGUGGGAAGACCGAUACGAACUUGUUACCGAUGAUCAAAUUGAAUGAGAUGGUUUUAAAUGGAAAGGACGCCAGAACGCAAAAAAGUGAACAAUUAAGUGGCCAACAGUAUCGUAGCUUUUAUACUCUUAGCUCUCUCAUGGGCGGAGAAGAUUAGUCGCUGUGUAAAUAAGUAAGUGCAAUCAGACGAUGUGCAGACUAUGCGGCCUCUUUAGAGAGAUCGCUGGUUUUUAUCAGAUAAGAUCUCUGAUUUGAUUGCCAGGAUCUAUAUAAAAAUUCUUAAAGCUUCCUUUGUAAAAGAAGAAUCAGCGAGGAUAGGGAUAAUGCUGGACUUGUUGUGUUUGACCUCAGAUAGAUGCCUAUCCCUAUGCAGAGGCAAGGAAAAGCUAAGCCCCCCCCCCCCUCCCUCUUGGUACGAUCAAUGUCUCUUUUUAAAAGUUCGUGGAUCAAUCUGAUCAAUUUGUACGAACUCCUUCGUGGACAAAAGAGAUUGCCCAACAGCAAGGGUAUAGGGUAUAAGCAUUUUUCCAUAUUUCUUCCACAAUUGUUCUUCAGGCAAUCUGUGACUAUAGAUAGCAUCUCUGUAAAUAGUAUUGCUCUUGUGACUACCAAACACAAGUGAAACGGCUCGACUUAAUGAACUGAUUGGUUGAAUGAUUAGAUCUCUCGUACUGCGAUUCUAAAGCUUACAGCGUUUUUGCCCAGGGUACGAGUCUUGUUGGUUUUGUUUUUCUUCAAGCUAGGCGAAAAUUGUUUCAUUUAAUUUUUCUUGUGAUCACAGCUACUUUAAGUUAUUAUAUUUAAGUUACUUGAAAUCUGGGCGCAAGGUACAUUUAGUUUACUACCGAUAAGGGAAUAAGAUUGAACAUCAAAGAAAAAGGUUAGGAAGGUCAUAAUAUUAGAUAAGGAACAGAAUCAAGGAAAAUCCCUUGAGCACGAUAGAGAGAUUUCACUAAGAUGUCACCCAAAAGUUCCAUCAAUCUUCAAUGAAAAGUUCAUUAACAAUAAAAAAUGUAUUGUCUGGGUAUUGAAAACGAAAGUAAGAGUUUCAACUUAUUUGGCAACUUGUACAACAGCAGUUGUUUGCCCCCUCAGCAGCGCAGCUACAAGCCAUCAAGAAGCUUGACCGACUAGGUUAAAGCAAUUCUGCAGAUCCCCAUGGGCCAAAACUGGAACGCAUAAACGCUUUGUAAGGCUGUUUUGAUCGGAAAAAUGCGCGUCAACUAUCGAAAGAAAAGAACAUAACAAGACAUCUGCGACAGGUUAAAGAAAAACUAUUAUGAACUAAUUAAAAGUUUUCUUUCAAAGUUAUCUUGACGAUAUCGUUAAUUACACUUGACGGAACUGGUUGUUGAUUUUGAUAAACAUCUGCCUUUUUAAGAUAACUUGCGAGCAAUAAAAAGGAAAUCGUUGGUCAUUCUCCGACCUCUGUUAAGCCGCCUUGUAACCCUCAGUUCCCUCAAGGAAAUAAAAUAUGGCGGCGGGUAGCUGAAUAUCCGUCAUCUGACCGCUAUCAAACACAUAACUAUGCAAUUUUUUAAUAUCUGCAACGAGCAGGCGACGUUGUGGCUUUUCUCUCAGCUCGUGUGUUGUGUAUUUUAGCGGCGUUCGCUACUAAAAUAGCCGCCAAUAGAAGAUGCUAUGUCAGGAGAAAAUGAGCUCAUUCUGGUAUCGUCAAGAGAGGAUAGAAGGGUCUUGGUAUUGUCACUGAUUAUGGGUCAUCUCAGUUUGUGAUCCACAGCUUUGUCAAACAAAUAAUAAUAAUAAAAAAAACAGGUCAAGUGAGUAAUUCACAGAAUCGAAUUAGUAUCAAAUAUCUAAGCUCGAACCAGAAGGCAGGUAGAUAGUAAAGGGACAAUCCGGUCCUUCAGGAGGUCACUUGGGAGACAUUAAAUCAUGGCGCUAACAAAGCUCCUGAUGCCCGUUUGGAUAUUCAUGCUCCAGGUUUUUGGGAGAGACAGAGAUCUACAUUCUUCGACGUUCGGGUGUGUCAUCCUAAUGAAGACUCUUACAGAGACUUGACUCCUAAGCAGAUCUACAAGAAGCAUGAGAACGAGAAGAAGAGUAAUGGAGAUCGAACAGGGAACUUUCACUCCCCUAGUUUUCACGACCACAGGUGGAAUGCCAGAUGA